GACGUAGGAAGAACGGAGGGCCGAGAAAGCGGCUGGCUGGGCGCGGGGAAGUUCAGUGGGCGGCGGCGGCGGACGAUCGGGAGCCUUCGACGCCGCGCCCCAGCUAGCUCGGUCGGUCUAGGAACGGGGAGUUUUAAGACGCUGCGCUGCUCCUGCUGGCUGCCGUGGCCGGCGCCGGUCCCCAUGGAAGUCGAGAUGCCGCAGGAUGUGACUCUGAUUGACAUUCUCUGGAGACAAGACAUAGAUCUUGGAGCAAGGCGUGAAGUUUUUGAUUUCAGCCAAAGAAAGAAAGAAUAUGAACUUGAGAAGCAGAAAAAGCUUGAAAGUGAGAGAGAAGAGCAGCUUCAGAAAGAGCAAGAAAAGGCCUUCCUGGCCCAGUUGCAUCUGGAUGAGGAAACCGGGGAAUAUGUUCCUAUCCAACCAGCUCAAGCUGUUGAAUCCGGAAAUUCUGCCAUAUCCAACAAUUAUUCACAGAGUGUACAUAUUUCCAAACAAGAUGCAGAUGUUCUCUUUGAUGACUACAUGCAGAUUUUAGCAGAGACAUUUUCAUUUGGAGACGAGAGUGAGAUUUCUCCAGCUGAAUUUCGACAAGUGGCACCUUUGGAAAUGGCUGCCAAUCAGGUCUUUGUUGAAUCUAACCCUAUGCAGCGGCUUGACUCAUCUGUACUUCAGUCUACGAUCCCAGAAUUAUUAGAUACAAAAGUGGAGAACACACAAGAUAUAGAACAAGUGUGGGAAGAACUCCUGUCUAUUCCAGAACUGCAGUGUCUUAAUAUACAAAAUGACAGUCUCGCCGAUGUAACAUCAAGCCCAUUUGCUGUAAAUACCACAUCAGAGGCAGCCGAUAACUUUACCUUCUACAAUUCAAUAUCGGCCAUGGAGAAAGAAAUUGUUAACUGCAGUCAAGACUUCCUGAAACCUUUGGAGGAUCCCUAUUCCAGCCUAGGGUUGCCAGAAGAUUCUAGUCAACGUAGCACUGAUUUCUGUGAGGAUUUCUAUUCCUUUAUUGAUGUGAAGAUGGACACCAGAGCGGCUACUCCACCAUCUCAUUUUGUGGAUCAGGCAAUUGCUGGCUUUUUAAGUGAACCGAUUGACCUUUCGGAUUUUGCUCAGUGCAAAGCUUUUAACCAAGACCUUGCAGGAAAUGCCCCCGAGUAUAAUGAUUCGGAUUCUGGUAUUUCACUGAAUGCAAGUCCCAAUACAACCUCCCCAGCUCAUUCUGUUGAGUCAUCUUCGGUCUGUCAGGAUACAGGCUUUGGAUGCAGUGAUUCAGAAAUGGAGGAGAUUGAUAGCGUCCCUGAAAUUGUGUCACCAACCAAUGCAAAGAUUCACUCUUUUCACCUGCAGGUUCCUGCCUCUCCAUCUCUGGAGCAAGGCACCCCAAAGCCUGACUUACCGCUUACUAGUACACCUCAAAGAGAAUUGCCUGCCAAUCCUGGCCACGUUGAAGCUCCAUUUAUGAAAGAUAAGCCCUUCAACCAAGAAGAAGCUCAUCUCAGUAGAGAUGAGCUGAGAGCAAAAGCUCUGCAGAUCCCUUUUUCUGUUGAAAAAAUCAUCAAUCUCCCUGUGGAUGACUUCAAUGAAAUGAUGUCCAAGCAGCACUUCAACGAGGCUCAGCUCACUCUGAUUCGUGACAUACGAAGGCGAGGCAAGAACAAAGUAGCUGCUCAAAACUGUCGUAAAAGGAAACUGGAAAACAUUACUGAAUUGGAGCACGAUUUGGAUUACCUGAAGGAGGAGAAAGAGAGGCUCCUGAAAGAGAAGGUGGACAAUGACAAAAGCCUGCAGCUGCUGAAAAAGCAGCUGAGCACCCUGUACCUUGAAGUCUUCAGCAUGCUUCGGGAUGAAGAUGGCAAGCCAUACUCCCCAAAUGAUUACUCACUGCAGCAAACCAGAGAUGGGAGCAUUUUCCUUGUGCCUAAGAGCAAGAAGCUAGAGACUUAAGUUCUGAAGAUCAGGGAGACAAAAAAAAAUAUUUCUAUGAUUAUUUUUACAUUGCUAUUUUCUAUUGAUAAGCAUCAUGUAACCCAACAUUGUCCUUUUUCAAGUGACUAUAUGUUUUAAUGUAUGAUCGCACUAAACCAUUAGCGUAAAGCAAAAUGUAUGCACAAUGGAUAAUACUUCCACAACACACUAGUAGUUCUUCCUGUUAUAUAAUAGCAGCUUAAGUAGUUUUUGUGCUUGUGUAAAUAUUUCAAGAUGUCUUAUUUAUAUACAAUUUCUAUAGUUGCUUUAUUCAAAUAAGUAUCAAGCGUGAUUUAACUGCUAAUCCUACAUAUUUACAAAAUUAAUUUUCCCUCUUAAGGUACAUCACUUUAUAAAUGCAAAUGAUUUUUUUAGUUUACAAGUGUAUUUACUUUAAAAUAGCAGCUUGAAUGCAGUAUAAAGUGAUAUGUAUAAUGCAGCAAUAGGACAGAACCCAACCAAAGACAAGCACUUUGAAGAAUAGCUUAGAGUAGGAACAUUAAGCAUGUGCUUAACAUUCUUUCAUUAAAAUUAAUGGAGCUUCAGGAACCUGAUCAUUGGAAGAUUGUUAGAUGAUAAAGAGUUUUUGUACUUUUAAAGUGGUUAAUUUUUUUAUUUGAUAAUUUAGUAAAUGGUUAUGUAAAGUAUGAUUUUGUUUCAGCCAAAGCUGCACAACUAUGUUACUGAAUGUGGUUGAAAUGGGGGAGUGGGUCACUGGAUAGACACACAACAGCUUCUUAUGAAUCUUAAGCUUUUAUUAUCCCAACUUUUUUUUCUAGCUUAUAUUUUCAUAUAUUUGACCUGAAAUGUAUUAAAAGUCUCUGAAGCCAGAUUGGGUAGUUGAACAAGACUUUAUUGAUGAGUAGGGGAUCUUUGGCAUCCUAAACUUUAGGUUUUUAAGAAGAGAUUGGACAACCCCUUGUCUGAAAUGAUAGGGUCUCCUGCUUGAGCAUGGGGUUGGACUAGAAGACCUCCAAGGUCCCGUUCAUUGUUCUGUUAAAUAACCUCUUGAUCAUAUUCAUAAUUUUGCCACUUGGGUGCACUAGACAAAUAAUUGCACCAUUAGAUUUAAGUCCAGUACCCAUACAAAGUUGGACGUUAAAUAACUAAUGGGAUUCAGUUAUUCAAUUCAAUUUUAUUCUUUUAAGCAUGUUUGUAAUUUAGUUUAAGAAUGCAGCUAUUUAUUCUAUAUUUCAGAAGAAAACUAAGAAGAAAAACACGAUACUAAGAGAUAGUUUUCAGGAAACAGGUUUUUUUUUUUAAAGAAAUGAUCAGUUGUCUCUUUGAGAGGAGCAAUGGACAGUACCUUAGUUUGAUAUAUAACAUUUAUCCCCAAGGAUCUACAUAGAAGUAUUGUAAAUGAUUAUGUGCCAUUAAGUCGGUGUCAAUUCAGCAACCAAAUUGAUUUCCAUGACAAUCUGCCCCUGGCCCAGUCUUUCAGGUCUAGUAUGCACCCACAGUGACUAUGUCUUUCAACCUUGCUGCUGGUCAUCCCCUUCCUCUUUCCAAGCCUUUUAAUGGCCCUCCUAAAUAUUAAUAGGGAUGGGAGCCAUUCUGACUUUGAGGGGCAGAUUGUGGGAGCCAAGCAGUUCAUUUCUAAACCCCUCCUCCUCGUACAUCCCAUUGUGUGGAAACUUGAAACAUCCCGUUUCAGCUGUUCUGUGCUGACAAGAUACUGUCGAUACUCAGGACCACAAAGGAUUUAAAGGGAAUAAUCAGCAUCUAGGAUUGCAGCCAAAACAACUCUUAUUUCAAGACUAUUUAGAAUUGCAUCAGGUUAAAAAAAAAAAAAAAACCUCAAAUCCCUUUGCCAGAAAGAUUUACGGAAAAUAGAUUUCACCCCAUUGUUUUUCUGUAACGGAAUUCAGUCCAGCGUGUAAAGAGGACAGGUAUCAUUGGUCAUCCAACAGGUUUUGUGCUUGAAGGAUUUGAACAUGGAUUUCAUCUCCACUCAAUACGGGAGAGACCACGUUACUCUUGAUUUUAGCAAUGGAAGUGGCAUCAAGAUGCAAAUUGCAAAUUGUCCCAGUUUGUAAUUUAGGCUCGAGUGACUUCUACGCUGAACUGGAACAGAACCAGGGCUUUAGAAUGAGAUCCACAGCACCGAAGAGCUCUUUGUUAUACGGCAUCUUCUAAUCAAUUCAUUCAUGAGCGUUUGUUGGCUUCUCUUUUUUCACAUCUUAAAACUAGUAACUGAUUUACCUUUCUACCAUUAAGAAAAAAUAGCAUUUUUGUGAAGUUUAUUGAACAAAAUGCCACUCUUUUGUGUGGUAAAAGAAAUAGAUUACCUUAUUUGAAAGAGCACUGCAAUGGUUACAAUCCUCACGGGUUUUAACUGUAGUUUUAUGGAAGUCAGUUAUGUGGUUCAGGGUCUUCAGCUUUUUAUAUCUCAUACUUAAUUCUUUGAAGACUUAGGAAAGAAAGAACAAAUCCUAUCUGGGCUUUGUUCCCCUGCCUAAAAAGCAUCUGAUUACUGUUUUACAGUGUUUUGCAGUGAAAUUGCACAAAUACGCCAUUGUAAAAUUACUCAUGCUUCAAAAUUAAAGAGAAACAUUGGAAAAUUGUAAUGUGAUACAAA